AUGACAAUAGUUGAUAAAGAAUCAACAAAAUUAAAAAGAUAUUCUAUUAAUAUUCCAGCUUCAUUAGCAUUAAACCCAUCUCCUUUACGUCAAGAUACGUUAGUAAAUCAAAAUGUUGAUUCUUCAUCAUCUAAUGAAAAUUUGAACUUGAACUUGAACUUGAAUGAUUCUCAAACAACAACAAGAUGUUCAUCUAAAAGACAUUCAUUAAUUCGUUAUUCUCUCCGAUCAAAUUUAAAUUCGAAAUCAACACCAGAUUUACAUUAUGGUGAUUUAAUUAACCAGAGAAGAUUGAGUUCUCCCAACAGAAAAUCUUUUAAUUUAAUACCUUCUCCAAUUUAUCGUGUACCGACACAAAAUAAUGAUCAAUUCUUAAACCCGUUGGAUUUCAAUGCAAGCUCUAAUUCAAUUGAAAAUGCAGCUAUAGUAAAAUUAUUAUUAAUUGGAGAUGCAGGGAUUGGUAAGACAGCGAUGAUAAUGAGUUAUUUCGAUGAAUUCAUGACAAGGUCACAGUAUAAAUUGCUCAUAGAUUCAAAAGAUAAUAAUUUAGAAAAUUCCAUACUAAGGAAAAAAAAACGUAAGAGAAGAAAAAUGAAAAAUAAAGAUUUACCAACAGAACAUCAAUUAAAACGUUAUAGUUUAACUGAUUAUGAAGAAUUAUUUAAAAAUUCAAGACCAAAUAGUAUUAAUACAAAUGAUGAAUUAAUUAAUAAUUCCAAUAGUAAUAAUUUUUAUUUAGAAACAAGUUCAUUAAUUGAUUAUAAUGACGACAAGAAUAUAAAUGAUCUUCAAGUAUUGGACUCAGAUUUUGAAUUUAAUAAUAGUAAUGAUGAGAUUAAUACUUCCACUAUAAGUAUGAUAUCACCUCUAGAUGAUUUAUCACAAUACCUUAAUCAUUCCAAUCAAAACGAAGAUUUAAUUAUAGAUACUAGAUCAACUAUUGGUGUUGAUAUUAAAUCCGAACUAAUCAAUUUGGAUAAUAAAUAUUUUAAAUGUAUCCUAUGGGAUACAGCAGGCCAAGAACGUUAUAGAAAUGCAAUGUUUCCUUCUUUAUAUAAGAAUACAAAUGGUGUAUUUUUAACAUAUGAUCUAACAGAUUAUGCUUCAUUCAAAGGCUCCUAUGAACAUUGGUUACCUGAUGCAUUACAACACAUUAGUACAGAUGAUUUGAAACAUACACGAUUUUAUUUUGUCGGUAAUAAAUUAGAUUUAACAGUUUCCACAAAGAAAAAAAACAAUUCUGAUAGGAGAAAAGUUCAUCAAGAAGAUAUAUUAAAUGCUAUUGAUUUUAUUAAAAAAAAGUAUGAGUUAACUAUCGCAGGUUAUUUUGAAGUUACUUGUAAGAUACCGCAUAUAGUUAGAAAUACCUUCACUGAUAUUAUUAGAGAUUUGAUUGAGAAUUCUUGUUUUGAAGAUAAUUCAACAGCUAUUGAUACUGACUCAUCAGCCCCUGAUUUGAUUUUAAAUUCAAAAAUGUAUGAUUUGGAAAGAUCAUAUUCAAAUGAAUCGCCUUCCUCAUCUUCUUCCGAAUCUGAUAAAGAAGCGGAUAGUACAUUAAAUUUGUAUACUGAAUCUUCAUUUGAAUCAAGUCAAAUUGAUAUUUCAAAAGAAGCUAAUUUAUUAAGGCAAAAUUCUAUGAAUACGAAUGAAGAUUUCAAAUUAAAUAAAACAAAUGUAAAAGAGAGACGUAAAAAUACAAAACUAAAAAGAAAUAAAAGUAAAAAAUCAAAUAAAGCAAAGUAUAAAUCAAGGAAUAAUAAUAAAAGCAAGCAAAAUAUCGAUCUAACAAAACCAAAGAUAAUUCCUAAUGAACAUUAUUUUAUUUCAAUUUUUAAGGUAGCUGCAAAUUGUUGUUUUUAA